CAACGCAUAGCACAAUGAAUGCAUAAGUAAGUAGGUAUGGAGCUAUGAUUGACAGACAGGCUGCAAGGCACCUCUAGCCAGCCCUGAGCCAGCCAGCCAGCCAUGCGCCAUGUUUCCAUUUGUUCCAUGCUUUCCAUGCACUCGUUGCAUGGUUCUAGCAAUUUCUGGUGUGAGCCGGCCCGUCUUCCAAGAGCCUCACCUUGACCCUCGCCCAGCUCCUCCCACCAUCACAGCUCAAGCCAUCUCCAGGCCGGAGCUACUAUUCCUUUCGCCCUCCAAAAAUGGGAACAAGAUACAGAUAUCGAGAUCUGGGACGUCACUUGCGCGGCCCAAAUUCCUGAUGCCUUGGAUUAGGCUCUCGAUGAUGACGGUGAACUCACACAAACUGGGGAAGAAACAGAAACUGGAGUUGCAAUGACUUCAUGAUUCCCCACGUUUUCUUUCGCUUGUGAAUGCACCAAAAAUUUCACUGAGGGUGCAAGCAACAUGAACCUCUACGGGUUGGUUGGUGUUAACCAAAAAACAAAGGUGUAUCUGGAUGGAAAUUUACGAGAAACCUGAUACACCUCAUCCUCCUCUCUCCAUCUCCCAUCGCACCUCUCCGGACAACCAGCCGAUGGUCUUUUUUCCUCCCUCGCUCUUAUGCCGUAAACCGGCGGUCAGAAGAUGAGGGCAUGCUUAAGCUGCCGCCUUUCCGUGCCUAAUACAGGACAGGCUACACCACGGAAACGUAGGCGAACAUCGUGAGAUGUUCUAGAGUCUAAAAGCCCAAGAGGGGGGAGAGUCGCAUACUGCAAUUCCCAUUACAUGAGGAAUUCCUGUUUCGACCUGGCGCAUCAGAAUCAAUAAGGCCUGGCGAUGGCAAAUGCUGGGGUCAGAGUCUUAACCUAACCGUUUCGACGUCUGUGCCCGGUUCUCGAACCUGGAGUUUUGGUCUAGCUCGCCCGCGAUUCCUAACUUUGACUCCAUUCACUAUUGAGUCUGACUCUGUCUUCGUCGACACGCAGAUGUCGUUAGCCCUUUUCUCCUCAAUGAUAUCCCUGUCAGGACGAGACGGGCUGUAUAAGCUUUGGAGAUGGGGGGCGCUUCGCCUGGGGAUAGCUACCAUUUAGUGAAGCCCCCCCACGAGUCAACGUUGGCGAGAGGACCCCGAGUUCACGAUUCGAAUGGUUGCGUGGCAGCGUCUCGUUUUGCAUCGUGGGCUUCAUUUUCAUUUUCAUUUCCCUUCUCCUCAUGGAGUUAUGUGUUAUUGUUACUCACUGUUUUCACCACUCCGUUACACCCCCCAGUCCUUGACCCUCCCUCCCUUAUCCCUUUCUCCUUCGCUGGCGGCUGCUUUUUUCCCUUUUUCUCCAAUUGCCCCUCCCACCAUCAGUUGAGACCGUCCAGGCCAUCACGAUGCCGCACGAUGCCGCCGCCAAUGGCCGAUUUUCGACGGGCAUCCCGCACCGUAACAGCAGACAACGUGUUCUUAUUUUGGAAGCGUGGCUGGAUAGAAAUUCUCGUUUCGCCAUGUCAGGGUCCGAUAUCGUCAGAUGUCCCCAACUCACGAGUAUCAAUUAGGAAAUCUCACAACUAGACGUGCAUCUUUUCUCUGGGGAACGUUCCACGUCCCACUUUGUUCCUUUACGCAACAGAAUCCUGCCACCACAAUCACAGUCGUAGUAAUUAUGGGCUCCUGAGCUACCGGCAGAAGAUCACGAACAAAGCAUUCAAGCCCAGCCAGAUGCGGGGAGAAGCAAUUUUCGAGAUAGCACGGGGAAGCUCAGGCCGCUCUGCAGAAGUGGAACAGCACAUCCUCAUGCAGAGUUUUGAGGCUACUGUAGCUAACAGAAACUGGAGAUGGUGCUAGUCUCCGAAGCGAUCUUCUCACCGUCUCUGAGCCAGCUUCGUGUCAGUUGGUUGGCUAAUAGCCCUUGCAUACCUUCUCCUUUCGGCCAGGCACAAACUGUCUUGUUGAUCUGAAGGUGUUGAUCGUCGUUGAAACGCCAAAACACCAAGAUUCAACUUCACGAUAGUUGUACCAACUUCAACUCUGUUCCCAUAGCUAUCAUCAAACACCAUUUCAGUGUUUUCAGCUCUCAAUUCAACCCUUUUUCACCCCCCUUCUUGGAGUCGGUGAGUCAACCCUUGACUCGACUCACACCUAUCUCCCCUUUUUUUUUCCCUUCAUUCCCCUCCAACCUCUUCGUCUUGAAUAUCCACCUUUCACUCAACCGGUCUCAAUUCCGACAUUGACACUUUCUUCGCUCUUCACGAUAGCUACACCUAGCGAUAUUGCACUUGAGCUCAGCAGACCUGAAAACUUCUCUUCUUCCUUUGACCCACUGUUAAACCCACCUGGGCUUGUAUUAAUUAGGAAGCCAAGAGCCAACUCAUUCAGCACAGGUCACUCUCAGUAUGAGUGGCUUCACCUUGAUCGCGAUCCACUCUCCACGUUUCUAUCGUGACAUGACAUUGCCGCGCCCAGGGCAAGAGAUUGUGAACCACUCGUGGAGGCACACGCAAGCUCAGACGUAGAUGGUUUCUUGACCUGGAUCAUACCGAGGAAGCACCUUACACUCCACUGCCACUGCUCCAUAUGGUGAUAUUAUAUGGCAAAUGGUUUCUUUUCCAUUCUCCAUCCGUGACUCUUAUGCUCAUUCCAUCAACCCGUAAACCCCCUAACUAAUCCUUCCACUUUCCGGAUACCGGAAACACAUUCACAGACAGCAUCCAUGUCAUGUGCACUAAUGAAAUGAGGCUCUAACUCAUUCCAUCUAGCGAUGCCUCGCUCACCCGCGGUCCACCUACUAUGGAUAUAGCCGCCGUGCAUGAAGAUGCCCUAGCCCUGGGCUUUUUGCUCGACAAGUACCAUUUUAGGGGUCCAAGGCCCAUCCCGGGGCUUGUGCUUUGUCGUAUCAUUGGCUUGUAAAAGAUCUGAUGCGGUGGUGCUUAGUGAAAUUGCGGCGUUGCGGCUCAGCUAUCGAUGUCGAUUAGUGAUUCUUAUCCGUGAUAGAUUGAGAGCUUGUGGGGUUGUCUCUGAUUCCGCCCGCUUGAUGAGGUUCUCACCAAUUCAUGUUCCAGUGGUGAUAUAUGGUAGAAAAAGGAACAAGAAUUUAUUCAUCAACCCACUCACCGCUAUAAAGGGAUAGUGUGAGAAUAUUCUGUAGCCAUCAUAAUUAUUUGUGACGGUCACUAUUAAGUCUUUGCCAAUUGUCUUCGUUAGUAAUAAUUCUAAAGAUGAUUAAAGAGCUC